AUGGAUCUAUUCAGUCGCACGGACUUUAAGCGCCCUAAAAGCGCCACAAAUGCGCUGGCAACAACGCUCCUUUUACUCGCCAUUAUUCCAAGAUGCACCCACUCCUUCGGCACCAUCAACGAGCCCAUUCACAAUGAGCACGAAAUGAUCACCCGCCUGGCCUUCCAGUGCCCCGGCGCGAGCACCAACGCCAUCAUCAACGUCAAAUCCGACGGCAUCUGCUUCGAACCCCGCUCGCUCGACCAGCUAGCCGGCACCCACAUCGACGUGCAAGGCUUCCCCAUCCCGGGAGGCGGCACCAACGGCGCCGUCGGCGCUCCCGACCUGCUUGACCCGGUCCCCGAAGGCCCCGAGGCGCACUGCGACGACGCCGACUUCAUCGACAUACCGGGGUACCCGCGAACCCGAGAGCAGGCGACCCAGGCGCUGCAGACGUGCGUGGACCACCUGCGCGGCCGGUUCAAGCAGGCCUGGAAGAGCGCCGCGGACCUGAUCGAGCUGGACGAGGAGGUGACCAACGAGGAAGGGAGCGCGCACCUCCAGAAGAAGGGCCAGUUGCGCAUCCGUAGAGACAUGGUCGACUUGUCGCCCUUUGCGGGCGGUGAUUGUCGCUUCGCCUUCCCCGCGCUGCAGGUGAACACGCUUGCGCGCGCAAAGUGUGCCACCAUCGAGGCCCUGGGGCGCGCGCUUCACGGUUUACAGGACUUUUAUGCGCACAGCAACUGGGUUGAUGAGCACGACGGGUCGCAGCCUAUAAGCGUGGCUAACCCGCCGGGCUUGGGGAGAAACGAUACCGCACCGUUUUUGGACCUGCGCAGUCACGGUGAGAUUCCGAGAGAACUGGUGCCGAGGAAUUUGAGCACGGGAUGCUUCGUGGUGCCAGACGCGACGCCGGGGAGGAGCAAUUGCGAGGGGAGGGUGUCGCAUCAUACGAUGAACAAGGACCAUGGGGUGGUGUAUCUUGAUGGAACGUUUGGCGAGAUCGGGCCUGGUACGCCAAGGACAGAGAAGGCGAGUGAGGAGAACUUCAAGAGAGCGGUCGCGGCCGCGGUGGAGAAUUCGCGCAAUGCUUGGAAGACGUUGAGGGAGAAGCUGAGGGAUAGGUACGGUGCGGAAAAGGGCGAUUUGAUGAUUUGCGCCUUGGUGAGGGAUGAUCCAGUGAGGGAUUGCAUACCGCGAAACGUGGCGGUCGUGAUCGAUUUGUCGAGCCAGGCCAGGCAAAACGGGGUGUUGCAACUGGAGAGACAGGUGGCAAUGAGCUUGGCCGUUAAGAUGGAGACGAGCAGUGGUUUGCACAACAUGAUGACGGUCGUGGAGUUCGCAGAGAGUGCGCGGGUGGUCUAUCCCAUGGAGAGCCCGGCUUAUCUGAACCUGGAGGGAACCCAAUCGAACGGCACAUUGAUACCUUUCAACGAAAACAUCCACUAUCCCCCGAACACGACGACUCGCCUACCCGCCCACAUGACAGCUCCAAUCCAUGACGGAAAGGCAGAUAUCGGUGUCGGGCUUUCCAUGGCUAUUGAUGAGAUCCUAAGGGCAAAGCCGGACGGAGAGCACACCGAACGAGGCGCCAUCCUCCUGCUCACUGCCGGCGUGGAGGAUGAAGACGAUGUCCAUGAAGUGCUGCAGCAGAUCGAGAGGGCAUCAGGCGAGGGUAUCCGCGUGCACUAUGGGUGCAUCAACCCGCCCCUUCUGCCACUCCAAUAUUUUGCCCACAGCAACGCAUCAACCGAGUGCCUUCCCGGCAAAGGGGUCAUCUCCUCCGUGCUCAAGACAGGAGGAACCUUCUCCUUCCUCAGCAGCACGCGCCGCGGAGAGCAGACAGCCAAGGACUUCAUCGACUUCGUCACGAACCGCGGUCUCACCGUCACCGACGGCUCAGGCGCCGGCGACACGGACGAGGGCGAACCGCUUCCCAUACCCGUCACCACGGGCAUGGCAAUCGCCGAUAUUCUCAGCGCCGAGUUCCCCAAGAAGAUCUUCUCCUACUCGGCCAAGGCCGGCGAGCGGCUCGAUUUUACUAUUCUAGACCGCAGUCUGGGUGGUGCGGAAGCGCCGGGAGGCUGUCUCAACAUGACGCUGCUCGAUCUCAAAUCCUUGUCCGAUCCCGAGGAUGAUGAUGAUGAUGAUUAUGACACCAAUACCGACACCGAUGAAGACCCCGACAACGACAACGACAACGACCACUACUCAGAGCCGGAACUAGAACUUCCAUCCCUCAAGUACUGCACCCGCGACCCACCCCGAGCCCACCACCUCGCUUACUACGCAAAAGAAGACAUCGAUAUCGCCUUGCUAGUCCAGCACGACGACAUCGCCGAAAGGAAACAGCUUCUUAGCAACCCCAACCUUGACUCCCAAGCCCAGGACGAGGAACAAAAACCCCUACAACAGGAGCCUCAGUCCACAGUAGGACUCGGCGAAAUCAUCUUCACCCUCGAACUCACCACGGAAAUGCUCGGUACCGACCAUAUCGCUUUGCCGUUCUGUCCUGCUUUGGGCGGGGUAUGUGAGCAUGAUGAUGACGGGCGACAGAUUCCGUUGGGGGGCACUACGUUUUCGGGGCCGUUGUCGGGGGUGGUGGGUAAUGAGACGGAGUAUGAUGAUGAUGAGGAUAAUGGAGAGAGGGAGUGGGAGUGGGAAGCGACGACGGUGGUAAGAGGAGGGCACGGUGGUGGUGCUGGUGGUGGUGCUGGUGGUGCUGGUGGUGCUGGUGGUGCUAGUGGUGCUGGUGGUGCUAGUGGUGGUGACCCUAGUGCCACGAUUUUCAGUACGGUUGUUUUCGAUGCGAGGCAUGGUGAGGGCGUGGACGUUUGCUGCUUGGUUGGAGAGCGGUGUAGGGCUCGACGAUGAUGAUGACGAUGACGAUGCAUUUACGGCGUCAUGACGGAAAGACGUACAGCGGAGGUUGCUUGUUUCUGAUUGUUGCAUUUACAGGCGUUGUGGGAAUUUCUUGCGAAAGCUUGAUGUUGGUUGCAUCUUGCCCAUGUCAAAUACUUGGGGUUCCGGGGCAGCGGUAUGAACGAACGGUCAGUUAACAAACGUUACCCGGAUUAGAGAUGCAAGGAUACUUUAUACCCAUUCAGUUGUUUGUAUUUUCUCCAAAGAUAUCCCGUUCAUCCUUGGUAAAAUAAAGCCUUGGUAAAGCUCAUACAAUCUAAUGCUGGUUUGUUUGUUAGCUUGGUACUCCUGGUAUACUGGACGAGAUCUAUCCUGAGUUGUCCCAGACCUCUUAAGGACAAAAUAGAAA